CUAGCGCUGUGUUAUCAUGGAGGCGCAGAGCUAGAUCGUCAGCCACCUCGGAGGCUGACAUUUUGGAUCCUGGAGGAAAAGUUGGAAAGGCUGGCACCACUACCAAGUCAGGCUGCACCACCCAAGAAGAUGAGAGCAAAAGAACUCCCGUGGAGCGACAAGAUCAGGCGGCGGAGUGAAUCCGUGAUGCUUCCCUCGGAAAAAAAGCUUGUAGAUAGUUGCGCACAGCCCUGCCCUCAUCUGAGAUGGUGACUGUGUGGGCGCUCUAGCCGCGCCUUUUCGAUUCCCGGAGGGGGCGGUGCCGUCGUCACUGGCUUUGAGGUGGCUGCGGCACAGGUCGCAGCGAGCUCUGAUUGCGCCAGAGCCCUUAGUAGCCUUUUGUACGAGGAGGGUGGGGGUCUCUGACCUCUUCCCUCCUGUGCCGGGUUUCUCGGUUCCUUCCCUACGCGGGCCUACUGCUCCCCCGUGCAGCCCCGCCGCGGGCCGGCUAUAACUGCGCCCCCGGGCCGGACGAUGCCCAAGAAGCUGCUGCUGCUGCCUCCGCUCUCCGUGUCCUCCGCUUUCCGCGCCCCGCGAGCCUGCCCCGCCGCCCGCCCGGCCAUGAACGCCGCCCGCACCGGCUACCGAGUCUUCUCGGCCAACUCCACGGCUGCCUGCACCGAGCUGGCCAAGCGCAUCACCGAGCGUCUUGGUGCUGAAUUGGGGAAGUCUGUGGUUUAUCAAGAGACCAAUGGAGAAACAAGAGUUGAAAUAAAAGAAUCUGUUCGUGGCCAAGAUAUUUUCAUUAUACAGACAAUACCCAGAGACGUGAAUACAGCCGUGAUGGAGUUACUGAUCAUGGCUUAUGCACUGAAGACCGCGUGUGCCAGGAAUAUUAUCGGCGUCAUCCCCUACUUCCCCUACAGCAAGCAGAGCAAGAUGAGGAAGAGGGGCUCCAUCGUAUGCAAGCUCCUGGCGUCCAUGCUGGCGAAAGCCGGUUUAACUCACAUUAUCACUAUGGAUCUUCAUCAAAAGGAAAUACAAGGCUUUUUCAGCUUUCCUGUGGACAACCUUAGAGCCUCACCUUUCCUGCUUCAGUAUAUCCAGGAAGAAAUUCCAAAUUAUAGAAAUGCAGUCAUCGUAGCUAAGUCUCCUGAUGCUGCAAAAAGGGCCCAGUCGUACGCAGAGAGGCUGCGCCUGGGUUUAGCUGUGAUCCACGGGGAGGCUCAGUGUGCAGAGCUGGACAUGGAUGACGGCCGUCAUUCUCCCCCGAUGGUCAAGAACGCGACUGUCCACCCUGGGCUGGAAUUGCCAUUGAUGAUGGCCAAGGAGAAGCCACCGAUCACGGUAGUCGGAGAUGUUGGAGGACGCAUUGCGAUCAUUGUGGAUGACAUCAUUGAUGAUGUGGAAAGUUUUGUUGCUGCUGCGGAGAUCCUGAAAGAGAGAGGUGCUUAUAAGAUCUACGUCAUGGCCACUCACGGCAUCCUGUCUGCGGAGGCCCCCCGUCUGAUUGAGGAGUCCUCCAUCGACGAGGUGGUGGUGACGAAUACUGUCCCUCACGAGGUCCAGAAGCUGCAGUGUCCCAAGAUUAAGACUGUGGACAUCAGUCUGAUUCUUUCUGAAGCAAUUCGGAGAAUCCACAACGGGGAGUCCAUGGCGUACCUUUUCCGAAACAUCACAGUGGACGACUAGCUUUCCCGGUUGCCUUGGCCCUGGAACUCCCAAGGAAAACAUGUGAAAAGCAGUGCCAUCAAUUAUGUACACAGCAUUUCCUUUCAAGGGAGGCAGAUGGUCUCUCUUGCCAAGUUUGGUGGGUAGGAGGCAUUAAGAUGGUCAAGGGGAAGACAGAGAUCACGGGUCCAUGGCCUCAGCUGUCUGUUGUCGGCAUCCUGUUCCUUAAAAAAAAGUUAGACACCUUCCUGAAGAGAAUCUGAAAAUCUUGUUGAUACUGAAAGGGAGUGAAAGGGAGAUAAAGUCCUAACUCUCUAACGUUCAUUCAGUUGUUUCCACUGCAGGGAAACGCCCGUGUUAAUGUUGAACUUGGUUAGGGAAGCUGAGCACCCGGCACUGUACCUAUUCCAAUUGUCCUCUCGCCAGUCAACUUCAUGCACAUCUUUUACAGAGAAUCAUAUUUUUCUUUGAGAAACUCCUUGCCAGCCGCCAGUGAACAAUGAAGAAUUUGUGGUGUAACUCCUAGCGAGGACAUCAGAUUAAAGAAUCACAUCCUAACUCUGGAUCUCCGAGUUGCUCUUAAAUUGCAAAUAAAAGAAUUUUCUGUCUUGCUAGUGUCUUCACUACAUUGCAGAGCUGCCCACUCUCCUGCCUUCUGUCCAGACUCUGCAGAAGCUGGUGCCUUGAAUGCGGGGUGGUCCAGGUCCAUGGCUCCUGGACAUAAGUCUCCCUCUGCAGGUUCCAUUCCCUUCCCUUCACAUUCCGUGACGUUAAAUUCUUGUUGAGUAAUAUAUUUUCAACCUAAAUUAAAAAAAAAAAAACAAAGACGUAACUGUACUUUUCCCUGUGUGACAGGUGACACUUAGGUUGGUUGCAUUACUUAGGACUGCACUUGAUCUUUCUGCCACCAUUUUAAAUUACAUAAUCACGAUUCUAGUUGACACACCUUAUUUGUCCGGCAGGCCUUGCCGCAAAUGCAGUGUAGACUUUUUAUACCUUUUAGUCUGAUCCAAGUCAGGACUGAAUGAAACAGGCAGGAGGAGUGUCUGCCCAGAAAUGAACUGUAGUCUCUCAUUGGUUCUCAUAGCUCCUAAGAGAUAAUAAAGGGCAAUUCGCUUA